AUGGCAUCAUCAGUCCCCGGACCCAUCGAUUUGCCCGAAUCCCGCUAUGACUUAUCCACAUACUGGGGUAGAAUCCGCCAUUGUGCAGAGAUUUCCGACCCCACUAUGUUGCUAACUACUGAGAAGGACCUGGCUCACGCUAAAGAAAUCAUUAGUGCGUAUCGUCAUGGUGAACUAAAAGAGACUACUCCGGAGUUCUGGCGUGCCAAGAAACAAUUGGACUCGACCGUGCAUCCGGACACAGGUAAGACAGUUCUUUUGCCUUUCCGUAUGUCUUCCAAUGUGUUGUCAAACCUAGUAGUUACUGUAGGGAUGCUGACGCCAGGUUUGGGCACGGCGGGGACCGUCUUUUGGCAAUGGGCUAACCAAUCGUUAAACGUCGCCGUUAAUUCCGCCAAUGCAAACAAAUCUCAUCCCAUGUCAACAUCCCAAUUACUCACAAACUACGCUGCUGCUGUAACUGCAUCGUGUGGUGUUGCGUUGGGGUUGAACAACCUGGUUCCUAGAUUAAAGAACAUUUCUCCGCAUUCGAAGUUGAUCUUGGGCCGUCUGGUACCAUUUGCCGCCGUGGUCAGUGCUGGUAUUGUCAACGUUUUCUUAAUGAGAGGCAACGAAAUUAGAAAAGGUAUUUCGGUGUUUGACUCUAACGGUGACGAAGUCGGAAAAUCAAAGAAGGCUGCCUUUAUGGCAGUUGGUGAAACUGCCUUAAGUAGAGUUAUCAAUGCCACUCCAACAAUGGUCAUCCCACCUUUGAUUUUGGUUCGACUACAACGCAGUGUCCUCAAGGGUAAGUCUCUUGGUGUGCAAACUUUGGCCAACUUGGGGUUGAUCUCAGUCACAAUGUUCUCUGCUUUGCCAUUUGCACUGGGUAUCUUUCCUCAAAGACAGGCAAUCCAUUUGAAUAAACUAGAACCUGAAUUACAUGGCAAGAAGGAUAAGGACGGGAAGCCAAUUGAAAAGGUCUACUUUAACAGAGGUAUUUAG